AUGCAGCUCCCGAGGUAUUUACGAGGCCUGGUGUGGUUUCAAAACAGAAGAACAAAAUGGCGGAAAAAGCACGCGGCGGAAAUGGCGACGGCUAAACGCAAACAAGAGGAGCUUGGGGACGAGUGUGACGAGCAAGAAUCCCACGACGCGGACGCCUGUAGUGACGAAGACGACGCCAAACGACCGCGUCUCGACCUCCACAUGCAUCUGCCCCACCACCGGCAGUGA